CUGUUUAUAAUGCUGUUUAGUGUAGUCCAUAUUUUUAGUUUACCGAGGGUAACUUCUACCGGAAAAGCUCAGCCAGCCAGAAAAAUUACGGAAGUAACCUAGCCUAUUGAGAUUAGCUGUUUUUUGUUGAUCUACUCCCUAAAGAUGGCCAAAGUAUCUGAAGAUGAGAUGUCUGAUUACCAUGAGACCUUCACCUUGUUUGACACGAGGGGGGACGGCAAGAUUUUUGCGUACCAGAUUGGUGAUGUCUUGAGGGCACUGAAUCAAAACCCAACCGAACAAGAAAUAAGGAAAUGCGGCUUCUCUCAAAAUCCAGAUGCAAGAAUUUCAUUUGAGACAUUUUACCCCAUCCUUCAGACGAUAAGCAAAAAUCGCAUCCUGCCAACUAUGGAAGACUUUAUAGAGGGAUUUAGAGUUUUUGACAAGGAUCAGAAUGGAACAAUUGGCUGUGCUGAGCUCAGACAUAUUCUCACAUCUUUAGGUGAGAAGUUGACAGAAGACGAGGUGGAUCAGCUGGUUGCUGGACAAGAAGAUGGACAGGGCAAUAUUCAAUAUGAAGAGUUUAUCAAGGUGGUAAUGAACGGUUGAUGCCUUGUCUUGUCAAUGUUGUUUUGGAUUUGGGACCCAGGAGUACAAUUUCCUAGAACUUUUCUCUCUCAAGCUUUUACACGUGUAACAAAUGUAUUUAUAGUUACAGUGUCUUAAUUCAAUCAUUUAGAAAUAACUCAAUCUCUCUUCCAUUAUGAUUUGGGUACCUAUUGUAAUUUAAUAAGUUCUAAAAAAAAAUUAUGAUAUAAAAAAAAAGUGAUUUUGUUCAUUAUAGAAAGUUGAAAGCCAGAAUUGAUUUUUAUUUAGAAUAUUUGUGUUACUUUUCUUGCAUUAUGCAGACAUAUUUCUUCUGGGUUGAACUGGGGACUUCUGGGUUAAAAUCAUGACCUUGUUUUAGAUUCAUUCAUCUAGCCUUGUACAUGAUCUAGUGUGACGAACGAAAAUUUAGUGUCUGUGUUUCUGAUGUGUAGGUCAAAUAUGUGACAAUGUAGACUUCUUUGAAACACAAAAGUCUAUUUGUAACAGCAUAGGUCUUUUUGUACUAUAUUUUGUUUGUAUUCUUUAGGUUGAUUGAACUUGUGUAUUAUAACCCUAUUAUAAACAUACGAUACACAUCUAUUAGCUUGAGCUAAUUAUUUAUAAUGUUUCGACAUUUGCUAUAUAUUUAUCUGUGUUCAUUUAUUCAUGUUGCUUUGAAACAAUUUGGCAUUAGGUCUUCCUCAGCAGCUUAAGGGGGGUAACUGCUCAUAUUUUUUAAAAAGUCUUUUUCUUAGGGGGGCUAAUUCUUCUCUAAAUCAAAAUAGAGUUCUUUAUGAAGAAAUAGUUUGCAUUGUUACUCUACAAUUUUUUUUUUCUGUGGCUGUAUCAUUUUUUUUUUAUCAGUUGGGGUACAGAGAAAUGAUGAUGGUAUCAAUCAUUUGUUUAUAUUGCUAUGUAUUACAAUAAAUAAAUAAAGCUCUUACAACUCA